AUAUCUUUGAACAGCGAUUACUUUCCAUAUUCUCUCUGCGGUAGGCCCCACCAUAUUCAAAACAAUCUUAGCCGUCAGAUCAAAACUACACUUUGAUUCCCAUGAAUCUGUGCACCUGUAUAUCAUGUCCCCUUGCGCUUCAACCUCCCCCUUCGUCUUCAAUGACUUGUUGAGCUCCCAAGCUAUCUUACCUGCGCGCUUCAUUCCCUAUCAAUCAUCGUUGUUUUCUAAGAAUGUCGGUGGAUCUGAUGAGAUAUCCAAAGGUAGAUGAUCAGAUGACCAUACAAGAGGUUGCAGCACAAGGCUUGAAGAGCAUGGAGCACCUGAUCCGCCUCCUUUCUCACCAGUCAAUCCACGUCGAGUGCACCGACGUCGCCGACCUUACCGUCUCUAAGUUCAAAAAGGUCAUCAAACUACUCAACCGAACCGGGCACGCCAGGUUCAGACGCGGACCGAUUCACUCGUCAUCUUCCCCGUCAACAUCCUCUGCUUCACUCCCUAUUCCUGAUUCACACAAGGAUCUCACUCUAUAUCCGAUUCCUAUUGCAACACGGGUGACCAGAAAUCCACCAACGGUUUCAGAUCCGAUUAGUUUCGUUCAAUCGCAGGCACCGUGUUUGACUCUCGACUUUACAAAACCUAACUGUUUUAGCGCCACCACUCGAAGUACUGAGUUAGAGUUUACGAAAGACAGUUUCAGCAUUUCUUCGAACUCUUCUUUUAUGUCUUCCGCCAUCACCGGGGAUGGCAGCGUUUCGAACGGGAAGAAAGCGUCCUCUCUAUUUUUUACUCUGGAACCAGCCGCUUCCGCGGAAAAACCACCGCUAUCCUCCGCUCCAUACAAGAAGAGGUGCCACGAACAUAACCACUCCGAUAACAUCUCCGGAUCCGGCAACGGCAAGUGCCAUUGCUCAAAGCGAAGGAAAAAUAGGGUGAAGAAAGUAAUCAGAGUUCCGGCCAUCAGUUCGAAGAUCGCCGAUAUUCCAGCUGACGAGUAUUCUUGGAGGAAAUACGGGCAAAAGCCGAUCAAAGGCUCGCCAUACCCACGGGGAUAUUAUAAAUGCAGUGCCUUCCGUGGCUGCCCCGCCAGGAAACACGUGGAGCGAGACUCGGAUGAUCCCUCUAUGUUGAUUGUAACAUACGAAUGGGAGCACCGUCACUCUGAACCCGCGAUGGAGAAGAACAUGGUUCCUGCCGAGGGAUUGGUUUUCGAGUCGACGAGAUAAACUCAUAUUAAAUAUUUAAACCAAGAAAGUAAAAAUAAUAAUAAUAAAAAAGAUGUAGACUUUUGUAAUAUUUUGUAGUUGAGGGGGCUGUACGCAAAUUUGUUAUGGUUUUUCUCCCAAACAAAAAAAUAGUUUAGUUGAGAUUGCGCCAUGUGCGUUUUAUUCUUUAUUCCUUAAAAUGAAAUUAGAAAAAUGACAAUUGCGCCA